AUGGAGACCCCCUUAACCAAACACAAAGUCCGAACUUCAUUGGGUACUGCUAUUAAACAAUCUAUACGAUCGACACGUAAAGACCCAGGAAGUGCUGGUAAAAAGCGCAGAAUAGUAAAUGCUACGCAAAAAAAUAUUGCUCGUGCGCUAAAAAAUGGAAAACCUGUUAGCAGUGAGUCAGCAAACACGUCUGCCUAUGAAGGGCGUAUUACCAGAGCGAGGAACGCGGCCUUAAACGAUGCAUUUAAGGAAACUCCAUCCCGAAUGGUUCAAGUUUUAACAUAUGAUUUAUUACGAAAACAGUUGCGACAAUUAUCUAAAGUUUUGUCUAGACCUCCUGCAGAAUGUCAAACCCCAAGACGAAAUUCUAUUAGAGCAGUACGUCUUACACCAAGUUCUAUAAAACGGUCGGCAAAGAAAUCGAAUAAUAAAAGUAAAAAUGAAAUUACAGCGAAAAAGCAAUCGCCACAAGACUUAUUAAGACAAUUGACUCGAGCGCCCGGGUUUGUGCAAGAACCUCAAGAGAUUACGAUAGAAUCAAUGGGAGUUUUUAUACAGGAAACAGAUGAUAAAGUCAUUACUAGCAUUGAUUCUGGUAUAACUGAAACCUUACAAGAAAGUAAUCUAGUGGAGAAUCCAGAGCACCUCGAGCAAAAUAAUGUUCAAAUACAACAACCUGUCGAAGAUGAUGAUUCAAUGAGUAUAGAAUUGCAACUUCAUGACGGGAUGGAUAAUAGUGACAACGAAAUUUCUAAUUAUUUCGAUCAAACUGAAACAAUGGAAUUUACGGGAGAGGUAGUCAAUAAUCAAAAAAUGGGUAUUGAAUUUAAUGAACCAAUUCAAAUCCAACCUCUAGAUGAAAAUUUCAACGUAUUCGAAGAUCAAGGAUUUGAUGGUGGUGUUGAUAAUAGUGACAUCAUUGAGGCACUUAACUCUCCUUUAGUUGGAUCAUUGGAAUUCCAGGAGAGAAAUGACAAUGAUGAUCCUAAUAUGGAACUGGAAUGUGAUCAGGAAUUGAAUGAUAAUCUAAAAAGCAAAAAAAUAAGAGCGAGUAAACAUACAGGAAUAUCACGUCUUCCAAAUUCUUUGGUUAAGAGUCUAUUUAACAAAUGUUCGAAUUUCAAAGUGUCAAAGGAGGCUAUGCAAGCAGUAUUUGAUGGGACUCAAGAAUAUUUCGAGCAAAUUUCAAAUGAUUUAAACACAUAUGCAUCACACGCGAAUAGAGAAAUUAUUCAAGAAAAAGAUGUACAUUUAUUAAUGAAAAGACAAGGAUUAAUUACAGAGACGAGUACGUUUGAAUCUUUAGUGGAAAAAUAUUUACCGCGUGAAUUAUCUGAUGAAAUCUGCCCAUAUGCUCGCGCCGGAAAUAAA